CUCAUGGCCAGGGAGGGGUAGGUGACGGGUGGGGGGUUUGUUGACUUGGGGGAGAUCUGAGCCAAGGCACAGCAUGUGAGAAUCUGAGAUGAAGACUUGGCUGUGCUUAUCUCCCGCUUGUUCACAUCUUGGCCUGGUGGCACUUCAUCGGACGAGUCCAAAAUCACCAUCAAAGAUUCAUCGUGAACAACCUUCGAGAUGACAGGGAGCAACGCCGUGAUUGUCGGACUCAGCGGCUGCUCUUCCAGCGGGAAGACGACGCUGGCGCGUUUGCUUAGGGAUAUCUUUCCGAGCACCUUCAUCUUGCACGAAGACGAUUUCUACAAAGCAGAGUCCGAGUUGCCGACGAAAAAUGGCCUCUUGGAUUGGGACUGCCCGGAAGCAAUCUCCAUCCCGGACAUGGAGAAAGCCCUCACUCAUAUCCGUGAGAACGGAACGUUCCCACCCUUUGUAGACUCCAAAGAGGAUCAAAACUCCGUCGGAAAAUGCCCCGUCACAGACGCCAAGAUUGCGGCCGUCAAGGCAAAGGUUGAGGCCUGGCUCCAGCCCGGCAACGCAGGACACGCCAUCUUCACCGAGGGCAAGCUCAAGGUGUGCCUCUUCGAUGGCUUCCUGAUCUACUGCAAGGAGAUGGAGACCACGAUGAAGCUCAUCGAUAUCAAAUUAUUCCUUCUGGUGAGCCGUGCCAAGGCAACGCAGCGCCGUGAGGCGCGCGACGGCUAUGUCACUCUGGAGGGUUUCUGGCAGGACCCUCCUGGAUAUGUGGACAAGAUCGUCUGGCCCAACUACGUGGAAUCUCACGCGUGGCUUUUCAAGGAUGGAAACGUAGAAGGCGACCUGAGCGAAGAAGUCCUGCGUGAGAAAAACAUCAAGGCGCAAGUUGGGAAGGGGCUAGACAUCGAUAUGGAGACCACUUUGGAUUGGACUGUUGACACCAUCAUCACGGAGUUGGAAAGACGGGCUUCCAAGCAGUCUUAG